CCACCCACAAUCGUCCAACAUGAUGUUUUCCUUCGUCACCCGGUUUCUGCCGUUUUCUACCUCCGCUACCUCUGCACCUGUUCGUCUACAAUAAACCCGUCGUCAGUCUUUGUCUAGUUGCUGUUGUUGUGUUCCUCCUCUUGUAACAUCCUCUUUGGUACGGAAGUCAAGCUGUAUCACACCUAUUGCGUCUUGCUGAGGUGCAAUCGGAUCAUGCAUGCGAUGCUCCCCAUGAUCUAAAUAGGCUUGUAUCAAAAACCUCCUGGUUCCUCUCUCUUAUGGGGAAGUUCUGAUUUUUCCGCUAGUGUCGAAGAACAUUUGUUGAUCGAUUCAAUCUAGCUGUCUGCAACCUCCUAGCCACCGUCAGCCGUGUGCCUGGUUGCAAUUAUAUUGGACCUCAAACUUUCGUGAGAUGCCCGCGCUCAUACCUUUCUAAUCAUCCGCGGGGUUUUUACUUCAAGAAACUGGAGAAAUUAGAGUUUAGAGAGAGGACAUUGGUCAUGCGAGUUACAAUCGCACCUGAUCUUCGGUAUUCUGUGCAAUCGAAGUCCCACAAUUCCGAAAGCCGUAGUAUAGAAACUUUGUGUGUCAACUAAUGUGAUCCCUCCCUCCAAAUAGGUUACGCAAGUACUCUCAAUAUUUGCAGUUGUAGUAGUAUAUGAUCUAAUCGGGCACGUAAAGCUGUGCUCAUUUCCUCUCUUCAGGCCUAAGCCACAGUUGCUUGUUCUUUCAUAGAAGCGUUUGUGGGGUAAGCUCUAGCAAGUACCGCGCUGGGUGAGUGACCUUCUGUCGUUAGGUCUGAAUCUUGCAGCUUGCGUAUCUAUCGCUAAAUCGCUCCCGGUGACUCUGUGCUCAUUCUCUCGUGAUUCACUUUACUUUUGGCACGUUUAGCAAGUUCUGCCAGUUUCCUAAGGAUCUCGUCAUUCUAUGUGCCGAUCCUACGGUUGGUCCGUCUCCCUGUGAGGUCCCACAACUUCGUCAGCCUCGCGUCACAAGCAGAUUUCUUGUGCGAGUUCUCCACCUGAUCAUCGACGAACAGUUCUUGGUUCUAUCUGGUUCACUCAUCAGACAGACGCUUUAAUCUCUCAAAUCAUUACCCGAGAAAGCUACCACUCCACCUUGAUAUUCAACCCAAGGAUUAUCUGUACAAACAGCAUUCCUGUGAAAAGUAUGUGCAACGGCAAGAACACCAUCGAGAUGCAGCAAGAUUCCAACCUUGAACUUCCGCCGGGGUUUCGCUUUCAUCCUACAGACGAUGAGCUUGUGAGCUUCUACCUGGUCCGGAAGAUUAGCAACCCUCAAGUCGUUGUGAAGACGAUUCCAAACGUGGACCUCAACAAGUGCGAGCCUUGGGAUCUUCCAGAUAAGGCCAAGGUUGGAGAGAAGGAAUGGUACUUCUUCAGUCUGCGUGACCGAAAAUACCCAACCGGCCAGCGAACUAACAGAGCCACUGAUAAGGGAUACUGGAAAGCCACAGGCAAAGACAGGGAUGUCAUGAAUUCUGGCACCCAUUGUCUGGUGGGCAUGAAGAAGACUUUGGUGUUCUACAUGGGCCGCGCGCCAAAGGGCUUGAAAACUAACUGGAUCAUGCACGAAUAUCGCCUGGGGAGUGACUCCAGCAACCACUUCAACGGCCAACAAUCCCACCGAUACAAGAAUAACGAAUGGGUGGUCUGCCGAGUCUUCCAGAAGACGGGUGGCAGCAAGACGCUCGGUCUUAGCUCCACUGAUAAGGCAUCUUACCAACCAGCUGCUCACUUGCAUUACGCGCUUCCUGGCAAUCACCGCGACAGCUCGCCGAACCCUACUGUAACCGACUCGGACGAUGGAGACACAUGCACUGCUGCCGAGUCCUGCCACAACUCUCAGGAUAGCUAUCUAGAUGCCGGUGUCUAUGUUGCUCAAAUGUUGACGCAAGGGGACGUCACGUCCGUCGGAGCACCUCAAUGGGCUGCACCAGGGUCGGUUCCAAUGGCUACCCCUGUAAUGGACAUCCAGCCUCACAACACUAUGAAGGAGUCCUAUUACAACCAUCAGAACGGCGCAAACAUGUCAAUGCUAUUCUCUCCACCUCCUCAGAACAUGGUGAGCUAUCCCCUGAUCCCCCACAUCGGCAACCGCAUGCGGCCCAAGCAGGAACCAUUCUACCCCACGACCUGUGCAGGAGAGGAUGAAGCAGAAAGCAGCCAGAAGUUGAAUAAACUCGACUACGCAUGGACUGGUGACGUGCUCAACCCAGAGUACUACCCUUGCGACAGUCCCUUGACUCCAUUGCAGUCAAUCGUUGGGGAGAGCGGCCAAACUUCGUCCUGUCUUACGGAUGGGAAUGCACUCCAUAACCGUGCCUUUAGAGGCAGCUUUUCUGGAUUUCAGGAGAUGGCUGGACCCAUCGAAUUGACGACGCAAGAAUGGGCUUACUGAGUAGCCGCUGCAUUCGAGCUUCAGGGUUGCCGUUUUGUGCUUGUUAUUAAGGUCCGCCUUGCCUCAGUUGGGUCAACAUACUGUACAAAGCAUACACACAGAGGAUUGAUUAACAUUUUGAAUGUAAAUUGAAUGCUGGGAUUGGUCAGACCAUAGUUUCCAUAUUGGUGUACAUUAUGGUUUCUAGGCAAGCAGCACCUAUUAAAAGCUGCUAUUGUCUGACUACUCGCUUGGACAACAACGACCGACCUUCAAAAGGUUUUGGUUACACAUUGGCAACAGAUUUUGUGUCGAAAGAAUGACGAAGGGUAUCAAUUCCGGACCUGCAGCUUGGUGAUUAAUCCAACGUCCUUCAAGUGGAGAAGCAAGGAUCCGGUGUUCAUCGUGCACUCCGGAACUGAUCUUCAUCCUGUUGCUUACAUUGUAGACCGGCUUGCCUCUGUAACUUCAUAAACAUCGACAAGGAGCUCGCCAUCUUGCAGCAGUUCAUAUGAACUGGGCCUAGGUUGUCCACAAUUUAGUUGUAAGAUUUUCAGGUAUUCAUAGGCAUGAUUGAUUGAGCAUCGGCUUGCCAGAUCGAUGGAACCGAAGAGUAGGACGUUAGUGCCUUGUAUUGUAAGGCAAAGGAAACAUGUUCAUACAUAAAUUGCUUUGUGUGCAUGUAGCCAAGUUGCAAACAUGGCUUAGUUAAACGCAAGAGUACAUCUAUAAAUUAGUUGUGAUUGAUUAAUUCUUGAAUGUCUCCUUUAUGAAUGGAAAAUUAAAAUAUUAUCGGUUGAUUCCAUA